ACAGUUUUUAUUUCAGUGACUUUGGUGUAGUUUCGCUUAUUGUCACAGAGAGGUCACCACUCUCCCGGUGGUUAUGUCAUUAUUUUGACACAAAUUGUUUAAAAAAGUCGAAAAAUGAGCAACGCGGCUUUGAAAAUCUUCUCCUUGGCCAAAAACGGUUCCAAGGUGUUCAGGCCGAAUGUUCAGACUGUGCAACAAAGAUUCCUUGGCAGUCCACCUAAGGAUGGAUAUGUUUAUGUCAACGACCAGGAACCAUGCAUGAACAUGAAAGAUAUAACUGACAGGGCAGCCCAGACGAUGUUCUUCACCGAACUGGUACGUGGUUUCGGCGUCACGCUCGCGCAUAUCUUCAAAGAACCGGCCACCAUAAACUACCCCUUCGAAAAGGGUCCCCUGAGCCCCCGUUUCCGAGGCGAGCACGCCCUCAGACGUUACCCCUCCGGCGAGGAGCGUUGCAUCGCCUGCAAGCUGUGCGAGGCCAUCUGCCCUGCGCAGGCCAUCACCAUCGAGGCGGAAGAACGGGCUGACGGAUCACGUCGUACCACCCGCUACGACAUCGAUAUGACCAAGUGCAUCUACUGCGGCUUCUGCCAGGAGGCCUGUCCGGUCGACGCCAUCGUCGAGGGACCCAACUUUGAGUUCUCCACCGAGACGCACGAGGAGCUGCUGUACAACAAGGAGAAGCUGCUGGAGAACGGGGACAAGUGGGAGUCUGAGAUUGCCGCUAAUAUUCAUGCUGAUCAUUUGUACCGCUAAUUUUUUAGGUGCACUGUAAUUUAAUUCUGUUGUAGGUAUUUCAAUGUAAAAUGUACAUAAUAAAGUAUUAAAAUGUUGCGUU